ACAUCAGUAGUCUUUAUUUUACAUCUGUGGUUUCAGUGCUUGGUGAACUGUGUGUGAUUCUUCUCGAUUGUCAUGGUGUAAUAAGGGUUGAUUUUGUUUUUGUUAUAUUUUCAAUAUUUUCCAGUAUUUAAAACCCCGCGAAAUCGAACAAAAUGAACAGAUUAUUAGUUAACAACUGUAGAUGCUUGGCACGAUCGACUUUACUAAGGGAGACCAGACAAUAUAAAAACUUUCCAUACAUAACACUGUCAAGGUCACUGUCAUAUUAUACGAACCAACCUCUCAGCCUGCAUCAUGAUGUUACACAAAAGCCCCUAUACACAAGAUUAUACUGUCACCCACAGUCCAUCAGACCCAUCUCCACCAGCAAGUAUAUCUUUGAUAAGGAACCUUUAAGACCAUCAUCUAAAGUAGAAGCUACUGUUGCAACCAUAAAGAAAGGCAUUGAGGAACAAGAAAAACUCCCAAAGAAGGAAGAGAAGAAGAAGAAGAGCCUUAAAGAACGUUUUAUGGAUGAAUGCCGACAUUAUUACCAUGGCUUCAGAUUACUUUUCAUUGAAAUAAGGAUCUCAGCUAGUCUACUCUUUAAAAUUUUAAAAGGCUACACUCUAACACGAAGAGAACAUAAAUUACUGGUCACUACUAUUGGUGACCUCUUUAGAAUUGUUCCAUUCAUAGUAUUCAUAGUUGUUCCAUUUUUGGAAUUUGCACUGCCAAUUUUCAUCAAAUUAUUCCCAAACAUGCUGCCCUCUACAUUUGAGAGUACCGAUCAAAAGGAAGCUAAGUUAAAACAACAUUUGAAGGUUAAGCUCGAAAUGGCUAAAUUCUUCCAAGAGACAUUGGAUCAGAUGGCUCCACAAGCCAGCAACAGACAUUCUGAACUGGCCCGAGAGUUCUCAAGUUUUUUCAACAGAAUUCGUACCUCAGGCGAUGUCGCAACCAGUGAGGAAAUUAUGAAAUUUUCCAAAUUGUUUGAAGAUGAGAUUACAUUGGAUUCAUUACAGCGACCGCAUUUAGUAGCUUUGUGUAAAGUAUUGAAUGUUACAACAAUUGGUACAAGUGCCAUGUUACGAUUUAAUCUUAAGAUGAAACUGAGGUCUUUGGCAGCGGAUGACAAAAUGAUUGCCAAAGAGGGUGUGGACAGUUUGAAUUUUAGUGAGUUGCAACAGGCUUGCAGGGCAAGAGGUAUGAGGGCGUAUGGUGUGUCUGAGGAGCGGUUGAGAAAGGAGCUGAGAAAUUGGCUGGACUUGUCGUUAAACGAGAAGGUUCCUCCGUCCUUACUGCUCCUGUCUAGAGCUCUGAUGGUGCCCGAACAUGUCCCAACAACAUACAAACUGAAGGCAACCAUAUCAGCUUUGCCUGAACAAGUUGCCACUCAGACUAAGGCUGCCAUUGGAGAAAAGGAAGGAAAACUGGACUUCAAGGCUAAAGCUGAAGCUAUCAAACUAGAGGAACUGAAGAUCAAGGAAGAACAGAAGGAGUUACAAGAAGCGGAAAGAGAGAAACAGAUCCUUGAAGCUAAAAAGAGGGAGAAGGAAACACUUAAGGAUAAGGCCCCUAUUAUUGACAUCGAGGCAUCUCCAGUCAUGAUCGAUCCUGCUCCAGUAAUCAUCGUAGACUCUCCUAAAGUUAAAUCUGAAGAAGGACUCUCUGGCAAAGACAUUGUUGUCAUUGAAGAUGCUUUAGAGAAAUUAGCUGAACAGAAGAAAUCCUUGCUUCUUGAGAAGGAGAGUAUUCAGGAACUCAAGACGGAGCUUUUAGACUACAGCGAGGAUGUCAAAGAGAUGCAAGAGAUUGUUAAGACCAAGCAGGCCGACAUCAAACUUACCAAGGGAGCCCGCAGGUUGUACCGCGCUGUCAACAACAUGAUAAGCAAAUUGGACGCCGCUUUAGUUGAACUUGAGACCAAGGAGAAAGCUCUGAAAACCACUCUAGAGCAGACCAAGUCUGAACCACAGAAGGCCAAGGAACAACUCAUACAAAUCGACGAAUUGAUGCAUUCCAUUAAGAGCCUACAAAAGGUGCCUGAUGAGGCCAAACUGAAGCUAAUUCAGGACGUACUCGGAAGGCUCGAUGAUGACUUUGACGGACAGUUGAAGAUUGAUGAUGUUUUGAAGAUGCUAGAAAUCAUAGGCAACGAAAACGUGAACCUGUCGGAGAAGCAAAUGGCCGAGCUGAUCGAGCUGCUGGAUAAGGAGGAGAUCCUCGAGGUCGAGAGCAAGAUACAGAAGGCGUUGGACAAGGCGGCCAUGGCUGCCAAGGAACAGGACAAACCCAAUGUCUCUGAGGGGAAGAGUUUAUUCGACAUAAUUCGAGAAGCUCAGAAGCGACGGGAAAUGAAGAAGGCCACGGCGAAGUUUACAGAACCACCACCUGCAAUAGCGAAGGCCGACGGUAUCGUCACCAAAACCGAAGAGAGCAGUAAACGGCCCGAGAGCCACUGAGUAGCGUAGCUAUACUUAGUCAAGGUGUAAAUAAUCUACUAGGGGACUGUUCUAACACAUUUUUACGCCUUCCUGCUGGUUUAGGUGACGAUAAAUUAGCAAAGAUGGCGUUCGGCGUUUCUAUUUAACUAAGAUGCAUUCGGACACGUGCAACAAAACGCGCAUUUUUCUGCAAUAUCAUACAAUACACGUCUAUAUGACGCGCGCUAAAGUCACGUUUCGUUACGAAGCGUGUUGCACUAUCUGAGGCGUCUCGUAUACCCGCAUAUAGAAUAGCUGUUGUACUAGAGUAACGACAUACAUAUUUAUGUAGAAACAUAAUUUAUAUAUAAUAAAUUACCUUAUGGAUGCAAUGAAUGUGUUACCCUAAUGACAAUAAGCAUUUUGUAACAUGUAAUCAAUCACACAUGAAUAUGUAAAUAACGUUAUACUUAAAAUAUACAAUUUUACCUAAACUUUCCAAACCGUACAAAGUUUAUUCAUAUUUGUUAUGUCGUGUUUUUAUUUAUUUCUGGUUCUUUUUUGUUUAAUGUGUAUUACGUUGAUGCAUUUCUGUGAUCGCUAUUCAGUUUAAGUUUUAUUUUAGUUUAUUUUAGUGGAUAUAUCAAAAAUGUUCAGCACAAAUUGUGGAGCGAUACACUUAGCUUCUUCAUUUUCAAUUGUAAAUUGGAAUGAACGAAUGUUUAACUUACAGCUAAAUAUAUUCUUUGAUACUUGAAUAUGAUGUAAUGUAUUUCAUACAUAUAUAUAUUGUAAAUGCAGAGUGUUGUUGGCAACUGUUGACAUUUAAAAGAACCUUUGUUUAAUUAACAACAGAACAUUGAUUUAUUUACAUUUAUUUAAUAACAAGUGUUGAAUCUAAUUACACUCCAAACAAUAAAUACAGCACAUAAUAACUGAGUAACAUCAGUUUUAGCUUAGAAUGUAUUUUCAGCUGUUUAAGUCAGUUGUAUUGUAAACCUUUCAUACUAAAAUUAUUCCUUCCUAAGAUUAUCUUUCUCUACAUAAUAUUGUUAUGGUUUAUAUUGCCUUACCAACAGUAUUGGUAACAUUUUUUUCCAACAAGUCAGUGCUAUUUAAUACAUCGAUUUACUGCUAUUCGAUGUGCUGAGAAUAAAGUUUUAAAGAGUAAGAAAAUAAAGAGAUCGAUGAAAAU